CGUGGCAAUCCCGCAGGCGUGGCAGUCGAGCGAGCGUGGCAUCCUCUGGAUCAAACCGACAAGGGAGCCGUGGUCUUGCGGGAGGGGAACCUGGAAGUGGAGGAGCGAGAGCCCCAUAAGAAAACACACCAUCCCGAUCAUUGAUAUUCUCGAGCCUCUGCAGUCCCCAGCCUGCUCUUUUCCAUGUCUCUCUAGGCAGACCAAAAGUCGUUUCCCAUUCUUCCAUGGAGUUUCUACGCAUCAUAAUAUCCCUACACACAUUAAUAUUCCUGCUGCACACACUCCCGUGAUACUUAAGCCACACACCACACACCCUCAUCCUCAUCCUCCUCUGCGCAAUAAAAACACCACAGCCGCCAACAUGGCACGUCCCGUGCACAGGGAAACACUCUUCCACCUCGAACCGAGGGACGAGGAGACGGCAAGAGCAAUGCGCGCACACCCGGAAAACGCCAGCUUCAUCUCCAUGAGCCGCAAGGGCACACCGUCGCUAGAGAUCGGAUACCACGUCUCCUCACGACCCCGCGGCGGCAGAGUCAUCGCCAGGGUGGGCCGCGAUGCAGACAUUUGCUUCCCCACCAGGGCAGACGUGGCAGAGGUCCACAUCGCCUUCGAGGUCCACCCCGUCUCGCGCGCCAUCCUCCUCUGCGUGCGCGCCUCCAACAGGCGGUCUGUCACGGUCGAGCCCCACGGCCUGCGCGAGGACGGCGACGUGCGCCAGAUCGUCAUCGAGCCGCCCGAGGAGCCCAAGAUCACCAUCGGAGUCGGGCCCCGCGCCCUGCGCUUCAAGGUGCGCUGGCACGGCGGCGGCGGCGUCGGCAGCACCGCCGCCGCCGUCGACCGCGGCUUCGAGGCCGCCGAGGCCCGCGCCGUCGUCCCGCGUUGGCUCAAGACGGCCGACGAGGGCGACGACGACAUCUGGUCCUGGUACGACACGCGCAUGCCCUCCAAGAUCGGCUGCAUCGUCCGCGACGCCGUCAAGAGGGGGUUCAUGGGCGAGGGCACCUACGGCGCCGUCUUCGAGGCCGUCGACCGCGACUCGGGCCACCCCAUCGCGCUCAAGGCCGUCCGGCCCCGGACCGAGUACGAAAGGGAAUGCCUGAAGAGGGAGAUCAAGACCAUGUCUUCCCUAUCACACCCCUACAUCAUAGAUUUCCUUGGCUACAAGGGGGAUCCGUCAGACUUUUCGCAGCCCGAGGUUGGCAUCUUUAUGCCUCUCCGGACCGGCAACCUGCGGUCGCUUCUACCAAUACCCAAGCGGGAGGAGAACGCCAUCCUCAACGCGGUCGGAGAACAGAUGUUCUCGGCCCUCGACUACCUCUCGGCCCGCGGCCUCUGCCACCGGGACGUCAAGCCGGCAAACAUCCUCUACGACGUCGGCGAAGACGGCAGCUACACGUUCCAGCUGGCCGAUUUUGGCCUCGCCAACUGGCAGAGCGACACCACGUCCUUCUGCGGGACCAAGGUGUUCACGGCGCCCGAGCUGCACUGCGGGCAGCACCGCCAGUCGCACAAGAUGGACAUGUGGUCGCUGCUGGUCACCAUGAUCAGCAUCGUCGGGGCGUCGCGGUUCGACGAGGAGGAGCUCGGCCGCAAGCCCCACUCGGCCAUCGUCGAGUACGUGCUCGCCACCACGACCGAGCACCUGCCAUUCCUGGAGCCCAUGGCCCGCGUCGACCCGGACAACAGGGCCUCGGCCGCCCAGAUGCUCGUCGCCUACUUCCGCGGAAAGGGCCUGGCGACGAGCCGCUCCAUGGUCGGCCCCAUCCCCGAGGUUGACACGGGCUCGCCCGCCUGCUGCGUCGGCGCCCACCACACCCCUCCCCACCGGACCGCGAGCACCCGCAUGAUGACGCGGAGCGCCGCGUCGCGGAGCUCGGCCUCGAGCAGGACCACGGGGAGCCCGCUCUCCAGCCCGGCCUCGAGCGAGGCGUCGAGCGCCGCCGGCCCGAGCGCCUCGCCCAGCACCACCAGCGGCCGGAGCGCCGCCACCAGCACCACGGCGAGCACGUCCACCACGGGGUCCGUCCCGAACGAUGACUCGUGCACCCAGUCGCAGCUCCCCGACGCCGAGCCGGAACAUGCCAUGGCCGGGUCGCCCGAGCAGACGUCGCCGUCGCAGCGCUGGGGGUCCAGCGGGCGCGUCACGAAGACGCGGUCGCCCAGGGUCCGCGACCGCGAGCACCGGCGUCAGAUAUCGCGCGUUACGAGAGCCAUCAGGAAUUCGUCUCGAAACCUACAAAACCACUCAGGCUAAGGUCCUCCUGAUUAUAAUUCUUUCUCUUUUGUUCCCAAUCCCAUCCGACCUCUUACAGAGCAGCUUCCAAAGCUGCCGGCACGCAUCUUUUCUUUGUCAGCUCCCCUUUGUCGAUUCCAUGUACUCGGGAAAAAAGGCUGUAUCGGCAUGCCUAGAAUUGGGCACAAGGGCGUAUAUAGCCAUGGUUUAUGGUCACGGUUACGGUUUAUGGUUAUGGGAACGGCAUGAUAAUGACUGGAUGAAAUGGGAAAUGUAUUAUGAAUGGCAUGGCAUACUGGGCGUUUAUUUUUCUAUAUACCUUUCGAGUACAUAUCUUUUCGACUGUGAAUAUUCAAGGUUUUACACAAGCCCGCCGACAUCCGGCUGUGGUUUGUUUUUGGAAAGCUUAUUAGGCCAUGCGCUC